AUGCAGUGUCAAUUCUACCUCGUUGGCGAUGACAUCGCCUCCGCUCAAACCGUGAGCGUCGACGACAGCUGGAAAUUCGAGGACCUGCAGCGCGCAGUUGGGAGUGUCUUCCACGUUGCGCAACCAACCGGCAUUUCCUUCCACACCCAAACCGAAACCCUCACCACCGUACCCGACAUCACGUCCGUAUCUUCUCCCAUCGGCCUUCGCAUUGACGGCAAUGCCGUCCAAUCCCCUCAAGGCCCAACCGGUCUCCCCGUCGUCGGCAGUUUCUAUGAGAUCUUCCCAGACCACCUAGGCAACCAUUACCGACUAUUCCGCAAAUACGGACCCGUCAUCAAAACCACGAACAUGGGCAAGACAACCUACCUGACGGACGACCCGCGCGUAGCGUCCGUGACGCUGAUCGAGUCCGCAUACAUGACGAAGAAGAUCAACGCGGAGCAUCCCCUCUGGGGUAUCAAGGACAACAGCGCUAUAUUCAUCGGAGACACAGAAACCGAGAACUGGCGACUCGCGCACAAGUAUCUACCGCCGUCGAUGGGGCCCCGGGCUGUGCGACACUACACGGGCCUGAUGCAGCGUUGCGUGCGCAAGUCACUGCCGAUCUUCGAUGAGUUGGAUGCUCGUGACGAGUCUUGGAAUGUGUACCAGUAUAUGCUGAAGUUGGCGUCGCAGACCAUUGGCUCGUUUGCGCUGGAUCAGGAUUUCAAACACUUCGAGUCCGUUGAUAGUUCGUUGCAUCCGAUUGUUACGAAUAUUGCCAGUUUGCUGUCGUUGAAUAAGAAGAUCACGGCCCGUGGGGAGUGGUAUCGUCACUUGCCUUUUGGGGACCCGGCUCGGCUCCGUGAGGUUCAACGGACGGUCUACUCGCUGCUGCAGGAGGCUGUGGAUCAGGUCGCCGGGUCGGGCAUGUCAGAUGCCCCGAUGAAUGAGGCCGCGUUGAAAGCGUCCUGCUUCGUCGAGUACCUCCUGCACGCGGUGGAUGACAAGGGGGAACGGUUUCCCGAGAGUCUACUUCUAAGCAACACGCUGAUCAUCACGGGGGCCGGGUUCACGACGACGUCGACGCUCAUGUCCUGGUUGAUAUACUGUCUAGUCACGUACGAAGGCACGCAAGACCGUCUGUACCAGGAGCUAGUUUUAUAUGGAAUCGUCGGGCCGAACGGCGAACGCAACCAGACAGAAUGGAACCCAGACUUGGCGCACGGCUUGCCCUACCUGGACAGCUUCGUCAAGGAGACGCAGCGGUUGCACAACGCCUCGUUUCAGCCCGGUCGCACCACCAAGACGGAUGUCGUCUUGCCCGGCGGGUACCGCUUGCCGCCGGACAGUGUCAUCGUGCCGGCGCUGUAUGCCAUCCACACGAAUCCGAAUGUCUGGAGGGAUCCGUUCCGCUUUGACCCGGACCGCUGGAGCACAGAGGAGGUCAAGAAUCGGCACCGUUGUGCGUAUAUCCCGUUUGCGACGGGCCCGCGCGGGUGCAUCGGGUUUAACUUUGCUUUGCUGGAGGUCAAGGUCUUGCUGUCGGAGCUGGUGAGCCGGUACGAGUUUGUGCGGGAGGGCUUGGAAGCGAUCGACUAUGACCCUGAGUUUCAGCUGAUUCGGCCGUUGAACUUUUAUGUCCGGGCUAAGCGUCGGGCGUAG